AUGGACGAUGGAAAGAAAAAUUCAAUAUUUGAAUAUAAUGAUUCAAAAACUGUUACAAAAAGAUUACAUGAUAUUUGUAAUUGGAAUCAACUUGAUAAUGUAGCAAUAGAGUAUCAUGAUUUGCAACACACAAUGUACAUAAAUUACAAUGAACUUCUUCUUGCAAAAAGUAUGAUUUCUGAUUAUUUAGGAUGCAUAAAAAACUUUGAAUUUAUUGGAAUAAAUUUUGAUAUAUCUGAAUAUUGUGUAGUUUCUGUAAUGCUUGGAAUUUUGAGUAGUGGGCAUAGUUUUGUAUAUGUACCUUUAGAUGUAUCAGGAUUUGUGAAUGUCAAAAAGUGUUUAGGUAUGUGUUAUUUGUUUUGUAAAGAAUUAACUAUUGAAGGAGACAUUGUGCAUCAAUUUAGAAUACAUGGUGAAUGUAUUUAUCUUGUACAAUUGAAACAUGUACAAAAACAAAUUAACCAAAGUACAAAACAAAAUUAUUAUGCUUAUGCAAUUUCUACUUCUGGUUCAACUGGAACACCAAAGAUAGUUAGAGUGCUCCACUCCUGUAUAGUUCCCAAUAUUCUAGAUUUAAAUAAGAUAUUAACAAUUACCAAUUGUGAUAAAAUUUCUCAGUUUACAAGCUUUACAUUUGAUCCUAGUAUUAUUGAAGUCUUUCUUGCCCUUUCAAAUGGUGGGACAUUGUUUAUGGCUUCCAAAUCAUUGAAAAGCAGUCCAAGCAGACUUUUGAAAGAAUCUUAUUCUAGUCAAAUCACUAUACUACAAAUAACUCCAUCAGUAUUUUUACAUACUUGGACAGCUGAAUGCUUAAAAACCACAAUUUUAAGUAAUAAUACUUCACUGAGAACUAUUCUUUUUGGUGGAGAACCUUUCCCCAAACUACAAUUACUUCUUGAGGUCAAGCAUCCCUCUAAUGAUACCAAAUUCUAUAAUAUCUAUGGUAUUACUGAAGUAUCAUGUUGGGCUAGUAUUACUGAGACUGCAGUAACAAAUGCACAAUUUAAUAUAAAUUACUUGGGACCACCAUUAUCACAUACAAUGUUUCAAAUUAGAAAUGAAAAGGGAGAAAUAGUAACACAUGGUACAGGUUUCCUUUACAUAGGAAGUAACCAGAGGGUGUGUGUGAUGGAUAAUGAAAACAUUGAAGAAUUAGAAUUGCCAGUAUUUCGUGAUUCUGGAGACAUAGUUGAUGUUGAUGAAGAAGGUAGAAUAUUUUACAAAGGAAGGAGGAAUAGCAUCAUAAAAAAAUUUGGGAAUAAAGUAGACUUAACAAAACUAGAAAAAUUUGCAUUACAAUUAAAUUGUGUGAAAAGUUGUUACACAGUAUGGGAUGAUAGUUACCAUCAAUUACACUUAUGCUUAGUUACUAAGGAAGAAUUUACAAAUGAUCAUAAUGUAAAUGCUGAUAUAAUAAAACAUUUGCAAAUGUUAGAACCUCUAUAUAGACCAGAUAAAAUUCAUUUCUUAGAAAAUGUUGAAUUUACGUCUAGUGGAAAAAUUUCCUUAGAAUUUUUAAAACAGCAUUAUAUAAAACAGUGCACAACAGAUAGUAUUUUCGAUAAUAGAGACUUCCAUAAAAUUAAAGGUAUUUUUAAAUCCGUUUGGGAAGACAAUCUACAAUGUGGAAAUAAUGGAUUUGUAAAAUUGGGAGGUACAUCUAUAGUAGCACUUCAAAUAUCAAAUACCAUGUCAAAACUAGUCAAUUUGGAUUUUCCUGAAUUAAUAGGCAUGCUUUUAAUGGAUGGUACUGUUGAAGAAUGCCUUAGUUAUAUAAAGAGUAUUUUAUUAAGUAAUGAUAGAAACAAAAUAAUUAAUAAUUCUAAAUAUUAUGUUAACGAUACUAAAGAAAUACCUUUAAUUACUACUAUUACUGCACAAGAUAAUACAUCAUCAGAAUAUUCUAAUACAGAAAAACAAUAUUAUGACUCAAUGAGCCUAACAAAUGAGAUAUUUACUUGCCAGUGGUACAAAUGCAAAGGGCAAACAUAUAGAAAUGCGUCAGUAACAAAUGAAGAAUGUAAAUUACAGUACGAUUCAAUUUCAAGAGUUGAAGUACAAAAAACUUACAAUUUACAGAAAUGUGUGGAUGCGUCGCCAACCGUAUUUCAUUGCUCAAAUGGUAAAACAUAUGCAACUGUCGGCUCUCAUUCCGGUAUUAUUUGUACCUUUGGAUUAGAAAAAGAAUAUACUUCUAUGUUUAAAAUAAAACUACCUGAUAGAAUUGAAGCUUCAGUUUUGGUUUUAGACAACUUUAGAGGUGUAGUAGGAUGUUAUGAUGGUAAUGUAUAUUGCCUUCAGUUGAAAACAGGAGAAAUUAUUUGGAAACAUCAAACAGAGAAUAUUGUAAAAUGUUCUGCAAUACUUUGUAAAGAAAAGGAAAUGAUAUUUGUUGGUUCUUAUGACUGUUAUAUAUACUGUCUAUCUGUGAAGGAUGGAUCUCAAAUCUGGAAAUUUAAAGGGAGCAGUGGAAGUAUUAAUGCUUCUGGUUGUUUGCACUUUCCAACAAGUACUGUGUUGUUUGGAACUUUAGAUGGAUCUUGUCUAGCGCUUCGUCAGUCGUCGGGAAAAGUUUUUUGGAAACAUAAAUUGUCAAAUCCAAUCUUUGUUGCUCCCUUAUUACUGAACAGCGGAUUUGUCCUAUUUUGUUCUGUAACAGGACUAUUAUGUUGCUUUGACAUUGAAGUUAAUGUUAAGCUGUGGACGUACAAAAUCAACGGCAAUGUAUUUUCGUAUAUCGUGAAGCAAAACGAUGCCUCUACAAAAUAUGAAAAUAUCAUUUUAGCUACUCAGAAUAAAAAUGUUUAUUGUCUACAAUCUGAAGAUACGAAUUUUAAAACUGAACCUACAUUGAAACACGUAUUGAAUCUUCAUUCACCAAUUUUGGCAACUCCCUGGUGUGAAAAUAAUUUUCUAUUUAUAGCAUGUACAGAUGGCACUCUAAAUAUUUACGACUCUAUAAAAAAUAGACUGAUCAAAAUUGAAAAACUUCCUGGAGAGGUUUUCUCAUCACCCAUUGUUGACAAUGAUGUCGCCAUCAUUGGAUGCAGGGAUAAUAAUGUUUAUGUCUUAAAAUUUGCUUAA